AAAUGAGAAUUACUUAUUUCGAGUCUUCAGUAAACUUUUUACGUUUUUGAUAAGUGUGUUGUCAUACCAUCUUUUUUAAACGCUGAACCAACAUUAAGACGUUUUAUUGUCUGCAAGGUAACAAUAUCGUCCAUUGAGUCCUGUUGACUCUUCGUAGUAUGGGAAAAAGAUAUUAUUGUGAAUAUUGUAAUCGACAUUUCGCUGAUUCACCUGGUAAUCGCCGAAACCACAUAAAUGGCGUUCAGCAUAAACGAAAUCGUAAAAUGCAUUACGACUCUUACAAAGAUCCUCUUGAGUUGCUAUCAGAAGAAGCUCAGAAAUUGCCAUGCAGAAGAUUUUUCCAAACAGGAACAUGUGAUUUUGGUGAGAAUUGUAGGUAUUCGCACACGAAUCCUCAGAUGUUGCUAGAGAAACGAGCACGUGUAAUGUCAUCAAGAUUGAAAGAAAGGGAACCAAUACUUCACGAGUGGUUGGCAAAAUGGGAAAGGAAACGACCUACACUUUGUUCCCCCUCUGUCGUUUUCUUGUGCCUCCUGUCUCAGUUAAUCACAAUCAAACUUUCGAUCGAUGAGUUUGAAAUGGCGGACGAGGAAGAGUCAAUUUAUCCUUUACAAAUAAUUUACUGUGGAGUUUGUAGCUUACCCAAUGAGUAUUGUGAAUACAAUCCAAGUUAUGAUCAAUGUAUAGAAUGGUGGAAAGGAAACUAUCCUGACGAGUAUGAAGAGAUGAUAGCUCAAGGUCUGGAGGCUUUAGAUGUUGGGGGAACAAAGAAAAGACAAACUAGAGGAGGUAAAGGUGUUGUGAAGACUAAAAAAAAGGCAAAUGCUGGGCCAAAAAAAGUUAAAGUUUCCCUUUCGCAGAGAAACAAAAAGAAAUUUGUGACUGUUGUAUCGGGUCUAAAAACUUUUGAUAUCGAUGUUAAAAAAGCCGCCAAGUCAUUUGGUCAAAAGUUCGCCUGUGGUACAUCCAUUACCGGCGGCGAUGAGAUUAUUAUUCAGGGAGAUGUAAAAGAUGACAUAAUUGACUUCAUUCAAGAGAAAUGGCCCGAGGUGGAUGAUGAUAGCAUUCAAGAUCUUGGUACGAAAAAAUAAAGAUUUUAUCAACGUUAUGAAGGCACGUGUGAUGUAUCAAGAUAUUUUAUUAAUAACUACGCAUGCCUUAUUUACACCUUUUCACGCGAGUCGAGGAACGGUGUGCAGCACACGCGUGACUGUCAAUGGCCGUGAGGAAUGCGCGCGAUUUCGCUCUGGUUGAUAAACACAGUGAAUUAAGUUAAACAACCAUAACUUUAUUUGAAACAUAAAUAAACAAAUAAGUGAGAAUUUUUCCAUUUGAA